GUUUGGGAUCACCUGACCAGAGCGUGAGCUAGAAAUGGCGUCUACCUUGCUCGCGGGCGAACGGCUAGUUCGCGCUUUGGGUCCUGGCGGAGAACUGGAACGGGAGCAGCUGCCCCGGAAGCUGCGUGUCCAGCUCGAGGCUGCUCUGGGAAAGAAACACGCGGGCCGUGAUAGCGCCACGGGCCCCCGAUGCCUGGUUUCCUUCGGUCUGAUCCGAGAUCUGCAUCAGCACCUGAGAGAAAGAAAUUCCAGGCUGUACCUUCAUGAACUCCUAGAAGGCAGCGAGAUCUAUCUCCCAGAGGUGGUGAAGCCUCCUCGGAAUCCAGAGCUGGUUGCUCGGCUGGAGAAGAUUAAGAUACAGCUAGCCAAUGAGGAAUAUAAGCGGAUCACUCGCAACGUCACUUGUCAGGACGCACAGCGCGGGGGGACUCUCAGUGACCUAGGAAAGCAAGUGAGGUCAGUGAAGGCGCUGGUCAUCACAGUUUUCAACUUCAUUGUCACCGUGGCAGCUGCCUUUGUCUGCACUUACCUAGGAAGCCAGUAUAUCUUCACAGAAAUGGCCUCGAGAGUACUGGCUGCCCUGAUCGUCGCCUCCGUGGUCGGCCUGGCAGAGCUGUACGUCAUGGUGAGGGCGAUGGAAGGCGAACUGGGCGAGCUGUAACUGGUGCUUCACCGUCAAAGCCUGGAAGAAGUCUGGGGAAGCCCAGGCUCUCCAGUGCCCGUCACUGGCUCUCAGUCAACCCGUGACGCUCUUUCUACUCAACUCCAGUUGGUCAAGUUCUUUGUCUGCCAUGAAUUUCCCUGGGGAGGAACAGAGGAGAGUCAGACGUCAUGUUUCUUUAGAACUGAAAGAGCUGGUCUCGGUGACUUCUCACCGGUUCAUUCUGCUCUGCUGAGUCUGGGUUUCUCACCAGAAAU